AUGUCAGCAGUUUCAUACAACGAGGACAAUUCCAGAAUGUAUGCAGAGAAGAGAGAAAUGUCAAAGAAAGAACAAUGGAGCCGCAAGUUGGAUUAUACACUAACAAUCCUCGGCUGUCUAGUGGGCUUCGGCAACGUCUGGAGAUUCCCUUACAUAUGUAUGAAAAAUGGCGGAGGUGCGUUCCUGCUACCCUAUGUACUGAUUUUAUUCCUCAUGGUCAUCCCGGUGUAUUUCCUGGAAGCGACACUCGGACAGUUCACCGGGAAAGCAAUUAGAGAUGUCUGGAAUUAUUGUCCACUCAUCAAAGGAAUGGGUUUCGGUAUCCAGGUUAUGCUGAUACCUACCGUGUGUUAUUACGUCAUGCUGAUGACGUGGGUGAUGAACUACAUGUACCACACAUUCCAAAACCCACUACCCUGGAGUACGUGUGGAAACGAAUGGAACACGCCUUACUGUUUUAGUGCCAUGGACAAUGCACGUCCACAGUUGAUCGCAAAUGUAUCUAACUGGAAUGCCAGUAGUCGUAACAUCACACAUCAUGACCUGCAUAACUAUUCAGCUAAUUACGAGGGAAAUACCAGUAGCACGUCGAAUAUAACUUCAAGUCUGACGAAUUUGACAUACCGAGAAACAAAAGGCCAUAGCGCUGAGGAGGAAUUCUGGCAGUACAAGAUACUUGGCAUAUCCUCAGGACUAGAAGACGUUGGCUCGCUCAAAUUAAACCUGGUGUUGAGUCUAAUCCUGGCCUGGGUCAUCGUUUACCUGUGUAUCAUCAAAGGCAUCAAGUCGUCAGGAAAAGUAGUGUAUGUGACGGCCACACUUCCUUAUAUACUCCUAUUCGUCCUGCUGGUCCACAAUCUUACAUUACCGGGAUCCAUGGAUGGUGUUGUAUUUUUCAUAAAACCGGACUUCGAGACUCUUUUAAAUAUCCAGGUUUGGAUACAAGCUGCCAUACAGAUCUUUUACUCCUUAGGAAUUGGUUGGGGAAUUCACAUCACACUAUCCAGAUACAACAAAUUCAAUAACAACUGCCUCAGAGAUACUUUUAUGGUGGCAAUCGCUUCGGAAGUAACUAGUGUGUUUGCUGGGUUUGUAAUUUUUUCUGCAUUUGGGUUCAUGGCCCAUCAGGCGAAAGUUCCUCUUACAGAAGUCGUCAAGUCGGGUCCCGGGUUAGGGUUUGUGGCCUAUCCUAUGGCUUUAGCACAGAUGCCCAUUCCCAACCUUUGGGCAGUAUUGUUCUUCAUCGCCAUGCUGACACUAGGAGUGGACGGUCAAUUCGUCUUAACGGAGAUCACAUUUGUGUAUUUCGAGGACUGUUUCCCAUUCCUGGUUAAAAAACAAGUUCUCUUCAGAGCAUGUCUAACGAUGAUCGGCAUUGUUAUGAGUUUACCAUUUUGUACACAGUGUGUUGCUGUUUUUGCUGAUGGUGAUGUUGACGGUGAUGUUGUUUAUGCCGCUAUUGUUGCUAUUGGUGUUGAUGAUAAUGGUGAUAUUGUUUAUGCUUUUGUUGUUGUUGUUAAUAGUGGUGGUGUUGGCACUGAUGUUGUUUGCUGA